AAUAAAAAGGAAAAACUAGCCACAGCUCAUAGCAUAUAUUCCUCUCCCAACAUAACCCUACUUAUGUUUCCAGAUAUGGUGGUGAGAACAUAAGACAUUUCAACAACUCCCAUUUAUAAAGAGAACUCCAGCUGCCCUCACCAACUCACUCAUAAUUUUCUGUCCUUUAAACUCACAAGAUUUCUCUUACAUUCUCAGCACUCACUCUAAAAUCAAUGCCUCUGCAGAAUAUGCAGCAAGAUCAGGACAUGAACUUGGUUUUGUCAAGUGAUGCUAAGCCUAGGCUUAAGUGGAAUCCUGAGCUUCACCAGAGAUUUGUGCAUGCUGUCGCGCAAUUAGGCGGUGCAGACAAGGCUACACCGAAAGCUUUAAUGAGGGUGAUGCGAAUUCAGGGACUUACUUUGUACCACUUGAAGAGUCAUUUGCAGAAGUAUAGAUUGGGUAAAAGUCAAGAAUCACAGACUUGCGACGACAAUGAUCAAUCAGAAUAUGAAGAGAGGCAGAUGAGUCACCCGAGCAGAGAGUAUAGCAAUGGAAAUCAGAAUCAAAUUAAUGAGAGCUUGCAGAUAGCUCAGGCUCUACAGAUGCAAAUGGAGGUGCAGAGGAAACUUCACGAGCAAAUUGAAGUACAGAGGCAUUUGCAACUGCGGAUUGAGGCACAAGGCAAGUAUUUACAGUCCGUGUUAAAGAAGGCGCAAGACACGCUUUCUGGAUGCAAUCCAUCUUCUGCAGAAGUGGAACUUGCUAAAACUGAACUUUCUCAGUUAGUAUCAAUGGUCGAUAACGGAUGCCCUAGUUCCUCAUUGUCUAUGCUAACAGAAACACAUGGCUCGUUUGUAAAAGAUAAUGAAAUCAAACCGUUAAGGGGGACUAGAUGUUCGCUAGAAAGCUCUCUGACAUCGUCAGAAAGCUCUGGAAGAAAGGAAGAAAAGCGUCAGAAACAUGAAACUGAUGACAUUACAAACAACAGCAGUGAAAAUUUCGUCGUGCUUUCUCUAAUGGAAAUGCAUUCUCGCGAGAAAAUUGGCUCUGUAGAGAAGGGCGAUGCAAGAAAAAGAAGUGAAAGCAAAAUUUUUGAAGUUGACUGUAUUGAGCAACCACUGUGGAAACGAUCAAGAGUUGAUAAAAGUCCUGAGCAGCUGAGAAAGUUCGAUUUUUCGGGUACAUUUGAUCUGAACAGCCAUUGUUCGAAUUACUUGGACUCAAGUUCAAAGGAGAUUGAUUUGAACUCCAAGGAAGUGAACCAAUUCAAUGAUAAUCUAUAAACCCUAAGACCUUGAUUCAAUGAUGCCAGAUGAUACCAUCUUGAUUCUAUAAUCGAAAUGCUUCUAAUACAAAAUAUGUUUUUGUACAAAAUAUGUAUAUUGUUGUGUAUGGAGUACCUCGGAGAAUUUAAAAUUAAACGUUUAAAAUAUCAAGUAUAAAAAAUUGUUGUGUUUGA